AAAUCUAGCGCAUGCUUAUCUGUCAUAUUGGAGCCUACUGAGGAAAAAUCCCACCUCCUUGACUCAAAGCAACCUGCUAAGAUGGCUAAUGAUGGCAGUAGGGAUAAGCUUCUUGGAGGAUCAGGAGCGGGCUACCAGACUCGUGAGACCCAGGAUCAGGUGGACCAGGUGAUGGGGAUAAUGAGGAAUAAUAUUGAUAAAGUUCUGGAAAGAGACUCUAAAAUACAGAACCUUAACGAACGCUCAGAUGCUCUGCAAGUUGGUGCUAAUCAGUUUCUCCAGACUGGAACGCAGUUGAAACGUAAAAUGUGGUGGAAGAACGUCAAGUUUAUGAUAGUGAUCGGAGUGGUGGCAGUUAUUGUGCUUGGAGUAAUAAUCGGUGUCAUAGUAAGUCAGACUAAAAAGAAAAAGGAUCCCCAAUAAAGAAUCAGUGAUAACGGUUGGCUCGCUUGCUUCGACUUACGUGGCACGACUUAAAUUGUUAACCAAUCAAUUAGCAAAUUAUUAACAUGGACAAGGAUUUUAGUUAAUUUAACACAUCAGCAUCGUUAUUUCCUCAGCAUUUGCAGUUCGGGUUUCCGGUUUUUUUGAGUUAUGGUGUAAUGUGCUUUGAGCAUGCGUCGUAAUAUUAAUUAACAAUUUGAUUGACCAAUUAGUUGAAUUUAAUGUUUUGUAAUUAGACACUUAGCCUCACUAAUUUAUUCGAUCUUGUUUUCUGAAGCGAAAAAUUUAUGCACAUUUUUAACCUGGCACACUCUAGAGUCUGGAUGUUGCAUAUGUUUUUGUAAUAUACUGUAAAAAUUAUGGAAAAUCUCCAUCUUCACACAUUUUUCCCUUAUAGACCUCUUAAUAAAUUAUUUCGCUACAUUUUAAUUAUAAUAUUCAUUCAAAACCUUUCGUGUGUGCUUAAAUUUCAUCUGACAAAACUGAUUUUUUGAAUUUGUGAUGCCACAUGAUUUAAAAAUCUUAUCGAUGUAAUAAAAUAAAUUUCCAUUCUUAUCGUUAUGUGUGUCUCAAGGGCUCUUUUAAAGCAUGUCAAAUUAAAAUUUAAAUCAUAAUAAGGUACGUGAAGUGCCACUUUGCCCUCAAAGACAUAAAAAUGAUUAAUUAUCUUCAAAUCUGAAACAGAAAAUGGUUGAUUAAUUGAUACAUUCUUGUUGGUCUCAUUCUGCACAUCCUUCAAUUAGUUGUAAUGAUAUCUAGAAUGUAUUUAAUGGUUUUUUCGUGUCAUCUAUUCUUGCUCGUAGAGCAUUUUUCAGCUGUAAUCCUCUAGCAAUGGAACAAGCACUGCGCAAUGUGAUCCAAUUGACUAAUUAAUUGUACAUAUUUAAAACUUUUGCUUGUAAUGUAUUGAUGAUAUUAUUGUCAUAAAUUCGAAACUAAUGACUCUGUCCUUAUGUAAUUUUAUUUUCGUUGGACAAGAAUAAA